AUGUCUAAUCCCCUCCCCUCUAUUCCUCCUGGUCAGCCGACCGUGGCCAUCCCGGUCGACCAGUCCUCAGGCCUUUGGGACCGCAUAACUAGCUGGGCAUCCGAAAACAAGACCGUAGUGUACACCAUUGCUGGUGUUGCCGUCGUCUUCACCGGCGCCGGCGUUGUUUAUUAUCUCAACUCUCCUUCCCAACCCCAAGAACCUCGUCUCUCCAAGAAAGAGCGCCGCAAGAGAAAAGAGGCCGAACGGAAGGCAGCCGAGACACAAGACGAUACCGCGACCCAGCCCGAGUCCAAGGAGAAGGCCACCAAGGAGCAGCCCAAGGCGGCAGCCGUUGAGUCCGAGGAUGACCUUCCCACCAUUGAUGAGGAAUCGGUUGCCCAGCUCACGACAGAACAACGCAAUGAGUACGCCGACCGUCUGAAGCGAGCUGGUAACAAGGCCUAUGGCGACAAGGCUUACAACAAGGCCAUUGACUUGUACUCGCAAGCCAUCAUCUGCCGGAAAGAUCCCAUCUACUACUCCAACCGUGCCGCGUGCUACAGCGCCCUCUCCGACUGGGAAAAGGUCGUUGAUGAUACCACCACUGCCUUGAGCAUUGACCGCGUCUACCUCAAGGCCAUUAACCGUCGCGCCAAGGCCUACGAAGAGCUCAAGAUGUACCGCGACGCCCUCGUCGGGUAUACUCUCGCUUGCAUCAUUGAUAACUUCCAGAACCAGGCCGCCGCCAACGCCGUCGAGAAGCUCCUCAAGGUCGUAGCCACCGAGGAGGCGCAAAAGCGCAUGGCCGAUCGCAAGCAGACGCUGCCGAGUCACACCUUUGUCAACAACUACUUUGUUAGCUUCCGUGCCAAGCCUAGACCUGCCGGUCUCGAAGAUUCUGCCGAGUUGCCUGCUGGCUCCGGAAAGGAACAGCUUCGUCUUGGCCUCCGUGCCCUCGAGCAGAAGACUAGCCAGGGCUACGAGGAAGCCAAGGAGGCCUUUGACAAGGCUAUUGAGCUCAACGACCUGGGCGAGUACGGUGGUCUUGCCUAUAACAUGCGAGGCACCUUCCGCUGCCUCCUCGGCGCACACGAGGAUGCCAUGGCCGACUUGACCAAGUCAAUCGAGCUCGACCCUUCCAUGACCCAGUCUCACAUCAAACUCGCCAGCAUGAGGUUAGAGCAGGGAGAUGCCGACAAGGCCUUUGAGGACUUCACCACCGCCCUCGCCGUCAACGACAAGGAUCCCGAUAUCUACUACCACCGUGCCCAGCUGCACUUCAUCAAGGGCGAGUUCGCCGAGGCCGCCAAGGACUACCAGAUGUCGAUGGAUCUUGACCGUGACUUCAUCUUCUCCCACAUCCAACUUGGUGUGACGCAGUACAAGAUGGGUUCCAUGGCUUCCUCCCUUGCUACCUUUAGGAGGACCGUCAAGAACUUCCCCAAGUGCCCCGAUGUCUACAACUACUACGGAGAGCUCCUGCUGGAUAUGGGCCAGGUGAACGAGGCUAUCGAGAAGUUUGAGACUGCCGUGGAAUUGGAGAGCAAGAGCACUCCCGGAUCCAUGAACGUGCUUCCCCUCGUGAACAAGUCUCUCGCCAUCUUCCAGAUGAAGCAAGAUAGCGCCGAAGCCGAGAAGCUUUGCCAGAAGGCUCUCGAUAUCGACCCCGAGUGUGAUAUCGCCGUCGCCACCAUGGCUCAGCUCCUCCUCCAAAGAGGCAACAUUGCCGAGGCGCUCAGCUACUUCAGGCGUGCUGCUGACCUCGCCCGCACCGAAUUCGAGAUGAUCAACGCUUUGUCGUAUAGUGAGGCCACCGCUUGCCAGCUCAAGAUUCAAGAGGAGUAUCCCGAGCUUGUCAGCAAGGUGAGGUCCGCCAACUUGGUAUAA